GAGGAGAUGGAUCCGUCUUGUAUGAAGUGCUGACUUCUUUUUACACGCCUUCCCGCCUUCUAAACGCAAGUAUCCUGUCAGUGACCGUGAUCACCAGACUGCAACCUUUUAGGAGUAACUAUGAGUUGCCGCUAAGAUGUUUAAGAGCUCGCUUGAGCUGAACCCAACCAUGGAUUUAAAUUACUCUGUGCACCAGCUUGCUCCAGACGAAGAUGGACUUUAUGCACAAGCUUCUGGGAGUGGCAGCACCAGCGAGAACUUUAAGGUGGUUGUUCGCAUCCGGCCUCCGUUGCCUCGCGAGCUGCGGGGAACAGGUCUACGUGCAUAUCAAUGCACAACAGCGGUGGAGCCUGGAGAUCGCAACAUCAUCUUAUCGGAGAACUUGCUGGCUGCGGUGAACCAGCAAGGCAGCUUAAUGGUGGACGCGGGGGCACUCUACAACACAUACCGGUUCACAUUUGAUUACGUGUACGACCAGCACUCGCCGCAGGACCGGGUGUACCGCCAGAGUGCGCAGCAAGUGGUGCUGUCCAUCCUGCAGGGCUACAAUGCGGCCAUUAUCGCGUACGGUCAGACGGGUACGGGCAAGACAUUCACCAUGGAGGGAGCCAUGGAGGGCCCGGAUCGGGGCAUCAUCCCUCGCACGGUGGAGGACAUCUUCACCUACAUUGUCAACGACCCGGAGCCAUCCAGCAAGUACCUGGUCCGCUCCUCCUACCUCCAGAUAUACAACGAGGUCGUGUCGGACCUGCUGAAGCCGGAGCGCUCCCCGCUGGCCAUCCGGGAGGACCGGCGGAAGGGCGUGUACGUGGAGGGGCUGAGCGAGUGGGUGGUGCGCUCGCCGGCCGAGGUGUACCAGCUGAUGCAGCGGGGGCAGGCACUGCGUGCCACGGGCGCCACCAAGCUCAACGAGGUGUCCUCGCGCUCGCACGCGGUGUGCGUCAUCAUCGUGGAGAAGUGUACGACACCGGGGGAGGGAGCCGGAGGGGAGGCGGGGGCGGCCUCAGCUGCCUCCUCAGCAGGGGGUGCCCCUCCUUGGGCCCGAUCCAGCACUGCCAGCGCUGCGGCAGGGGAGGUGUCCGUGCCCACCAUACAGUCUAUCAAG